CCGGCCAUGAGUAUGAUCGACAGCGCAACCAGAGACUAAAAGGAGGAUCGGAUGGCACUGUUUUGGCACUGACAUCUAGACUGAAGGAUUUGCUUGACUUCGCCGGUGCCAGUUCGAUUCCCUUUUUGAAGACCGAAUAAAAGGUCACGAGUUCCGGAGGAUAAGCAUCAUCAUGUGAGGCGCGUCUCAAUAUCAGGGUCAUGGUCGCAACUCAGCCUCUGGAUCCGCCACUUUGUGUCGCCUUUCUUAACAAGGAAAUAUAGGUUGUUUGUGUUACUCAUACAGCUGAACGAGAGCCAAUGGCGCUGGCAAGAUGUCGCUGUUCUAUAUCAUCAUUAUAGUUUCAGCUCGCAGUCACAAGGAAGAGAUGCUCAAACAGAUCUGAUGCAUGACGCGCUGCAUUUUUGCUUUCUUUUCAAUUUGGAAGGGCAACCGAACAGGGAAGAAACAUAAAGAAAAAAUAACCAUAGUUUUUGUCUUUGUUUAGCUAAGCAAAGUUGCUUAUUCAUCCUUUUUUUCGAUAGCGUAAGAAUAACUUCAAACAUGCAAUACGCGGAGUCUGUGUUCACUCUUCCUUGGGGCAGUUCAAGAGAUCGAAAGGCACCUCCUUUCACGUCCCCGAUAACAGGCACGAGCGAAAUAUCAGCGAGAUGCGGGGGACACAGUAGCAAUAAACUAAUCUUAAGAUCUGUGGACAAGCAAGUCCCUCCGAAGACGAGAAAAAUACACCGGCCAAGGCUCACGACCUGCAGCUUCGUCGACCAAGAGAGCUUUCGAUGGCUAGACUCGGGCAGCUGGCCGUCAGUGGUGUCCGGUCUGCGCUCCGUGACGCUUCUGCUCGUGGUGAGCCUGAUGAGCCCCGUGGGAGCCUUCUGCCCGCGCGGCUGCACAUGUGACGACGUGGGGCUCCGCGUGCAGUGCAUCCACGCCGACCUGGAUGUCAUCCCGAUCCUGUUUCAUCCGGGCACGCUCGAGCUGAACCUGAGCUAUAAUAGAAUUAAGACAAUCUUAGAAGGACUUAUAUUCUACGGCGAGCUUCAGUACCUCGAUCUCUCGCACAAUGAAGUGGUUUCUGUUGGCUCUCAGAACUUCGCUUCGCAGAGAGUUCUCAACACACUCGUCAUCGGUAAUAAUAAGCUUUCGAAAAUUCAGAGUAGAGCUUUUCUCGGCCUUUCUAAUCUCACGCAUUUAGAUUUGAGCGACAACUAUGUCGAGUCGAUUGAGAACAACGCUUUUGGCGCGCUCGUAAAUUUAAAAACACUUGACCUGUCAAAUAACAGAAUAAAGAACCUGACAGUCAAUACCUUCAUGAAACUGCACGGACUCAGAAGCCUGAACCUGUGCAAAAAUGAACUGAGAGAAAUUUCGAGUGUAGUAUUCGAACCGCUUAGGGAACUUCAGGACUUAGACCUGUGUUCGAAUCAGUUAAUGACUAUUCAAGACUUUGCCUUUAUGAGCCUGAAGAGUCUAGUGAAUUUGAAAUUAAGCAGCAACAAACUCCACUUCUUGCACGAAAAAGCUCUGAGUGGACUGGAUUCCCUGAAAAUUCUGAACUUGCGAGACAACGACAUCCCCGCGGUUCCCAACGACGUCCUGGCAGCCACGAGGGGCCUGGAGCAGCUCGACCUGGGCAUCAACCCGAUCACUUCUCUGCCGUUUCGCCCGUUCAGGCACCUGGCGAGCCUCAGGAAACUGUACAUAUCAAGGUGCGAGAACCUCUCCGCCAUCGACCCCGGGGCAUUCGUGGGCCUCGCCAAGCUGACAACUCUGGUCCUCAGCUUCAAUCCACAAUUAACGACCCUCGAUCGUGACAUAUUCAAGUCUCUCCGCGGUCUCCGGCACUUGACGCUCAGAGGCAACGGUCUCAAGGGCUUUGAUCGUUCUCUUGUUAGUCAAAAUGCUCUCCAGUCUCUAGACCUGAGGGAUAAUAGCUUUGAGUGCAAUUGUUCUCUAAAGUGGCUGCAGGAGGCGAGUUCGAAUAAAACCCUCUCGCUGAAAAUUGAGGAGAUCUUGUGCGCCGGGCCAGAGCCACUAAAAGGGAGAAGACUUUCGGAGUUAUCGGAGUAUGAUCUGGAGUGCUAUGACAAUGUGGUGGUGAUGGCCUCGUGCGCAGCGGCCUCCAUGACACUGCUCCUCCUCUUCGUGGCCUUCGGGGUUCUCUACUACAAGAACUGUCGCAAGAUGAAGGCGAUGGUUCACGACAACUGGCCGGAGAAGAUCGUGGCCACUUGGAAGGACCCCGAGUACGAGAAGCAAGUGGAGGACGAGGAGUACACCUUCCACUCCCUGCGAGGCAUACAGCACAUCCCGGUCACGGUCAUUUGACAGGAGCUCAGUGGAGACCAGUCGCUGCCUUCGGGUC